CCGUUACUAAUGUCCCGUGUACUAUUAUUGUUUAAAUAUCUGUAUCUAAUCCAUAUAAAUAUUUCCAUGACACUACGUGAGUUGUCCAGUUUCGCGCAUUAUUCUGAAAUAAAUGUUACAAACAUUAUUCAUAUAAAUGAUAAUUAAUAAUAUUUAUAGCCAUGAAUAACGGAAAAGUAAUAUAUUUUAUUGGACCAUACACAGAAGACAAAUACAACCAGUUUUUCAAUCCAAACGUUUGUCAUGUUUGCAAAUAUCCCAGCGGAAACUUGAUAACGUGUAAUCUCUGCAAUAUGAUUUUUUACUGUUCCGAAGAGCAUAAGGAGUUGCAUAGAAACUCACACUCGGAAAUAUGCAUAGCAGUGACAAGGAUAAUAACAAACAAAUCUUUCUUGGAUACGUAUCCUAGCUUGGAACAUUGGUUAGCAUCACGGGACGACAUUUUACAACAAAUUCAACCUAGUCUGUCACGUUGCGUAUACCAGUACGAAAAGGAGAUGAUAUUAUAUGCAAAGUCGUGUUAUGUGUGUUACCGACAGAUAAACAUAAGUCCUUGCAACACUUGCUAUUCAGCUAAUUUUUGUGAUGAUCACCAAAUACAAUGUAGUGUAUGGGAAGGACAUGGGAAGGAGUGCGGUGAGCUGUUGAUAUUACUGAACAUGAAUAUAAGCGAUAUUAUCUGCGACAUGGAAAAGUUUCUUAUUCAUAAAAAAAGGAAAUUCUCCAGAUUUCCUUAUAUUUAUAAUGAUGUUCAUGACAAUAUUACAUUUAUUAAUUCCUAUGUACUCAGUAGUGAUGAAUUUAUUCGUAAUAAGAUAUAUGUUGCUCCUAAUUCAAAUCUUCACUGGGAUAUAGAGCAAUAUGUAUAUUCUGAGGCUGUAUCCAGUCCGCUGACACUGUACUACGCGUUGGCAGAAUCAAAGUUAUUACCUGUUCCACGCAUAACACGUAAAUACAUUGUUCAUCUUAUAGACGCAAACAGAAUAGAUGUAAUAUCCUUGGAAAUUUGGCAUAUUUUCUUACAUCGUUUUUAUACGAUAAAGGAAUUGUAUAUUGUACUUAUAAAAUCGCCAAUUUUCGAAUCGCGCAAUCUAGGGUUUGGUUGUGCAAUGUGCCGUCAACAUAAUCAGAAACUUUAUGUUAAAAAUGUAUCAGAAACAUACUACACGUAUGUACGCUCACAGUCAUAUGAGCCGCCAAAUGUGAUUGUACUUCAAACACAAACUAGUUCUAUGGGAACAUGGCUUGGAUCUAUAACAGCAAUAAUAGCCCAAAGGUGUCCAUUACUUUUAAUCGCUGACACGGAAAUGGCAGUGAAAGGAAAUAUAAAUAAAAUAGAAGAUAUAACAGGUGAAACCAGAAAACGCUUGUACAGAAAAAAUAAAUUCCGCGGGUAUAGGCCAUAUAGAAACUAUGAAACUGGAAGAUGUUGUUACCGAAAUGCGUAUUUUAUUAUGUAUUCAUGAAUUUAAUUAAAUUACAUAAAUUUAAUUAAAUUACAUGACCGACCCAGUCAAAGGUUGAAGAAGCAUGAAGAGAUACAUGGAAGCUCACCCCUGGAACUCUGCAGCGACCUAGCAAGUAUCAUAAUUGACAAAUCGGAUUGGAAGAUAUAUCAUAUUUAGGAAGAAUAGAGAGAAGUAUGGAAGGAAAUUUUAAUAAUUUAAAUCUGUCAGGUGUACAUCCGUCAGGUAUACGUAAUAGAUAUGACAUUAUGCCCAAAAUAGUAUUAUAAGUAUCGCCGAUGGAUAAACAUAAAGCUCUGCAUCAUUUGCUAUUCAGCUUAUUUUUGUGAUGAUCACCAAAUGCUAUGUAAUCUAGAAUAUAAGGAUCACUGCAAAAAGCUGUUACUAUUACUGAACAUUAAUAUCGCCUGUAUGAAUAGCAAUAUUUUGCAAUUAUGUCUAAACAAAUUCUGGUUCAGCAUAUUUCCUAAUACUAGACCUUAUCAUAAUGUGAUUACAUUUAUUAACAGAUAUUUAUUAAUGGAAGAUCUAGAUAAUGUUAAAAAAAGAUCUUUACUUCCCUAUCCAAACUUUCUGGUCAUUAGAACAUUACAUAUGUGAUCGUAAUACUUGACAUAAAUAUGUGCUUGAUAAGAUCAUGGCUUGAAACUGUAACAACAAUAGUAGUACAAAUUCAUUACUUUUAAUCUUUAAUGAUGAAAAUACAAUUAUCGAGUACAAUAAAAAUAUGAGUGGUAUCGAUAUGAUAAUAUCGAUAGGCAAUUAUCCUUGACUGAAAGUAUUAGAAAGACAAUGAAGUGGUAUCGUAAGCUAUUCUUUCAUUUAUUAGGCUUAUCAUUGACAAAUGCUCAUGUAUUAUAUAAAAUAAAUAACGAAAACAUAUCUUUCCCUGCUUUUUGACUUGAAAUAGUGAGAGCUUUACUAAAACUUGAUCCUAAUGUUUCAUCAUCUGUUCAGCCAGGUCCUUCUCGACUAAUAGGAAAACAUUUUCCGAAACAUUUCGAAAAUAAAUCGAUGAAAUAAUGUGCUUUGUGUGCAUUAUCUAAAAAAAGAUGUCGAACUCGUUUCACAUGCACUAAUUGUAAUACUUCAUUAUGCAUAAUACCCUGCUUUGAAAAUUAUCAUUCAAAAGAAAUUUUGCCAUAAUUAGUGCAAAAAGUUGAAAUAAA